CCUUUAGCGUAAAAUACUUUAGAAAAAAGGUUAUAUUAUUUGGCAACACUGUACAAAUGUUAAGUGCGCAUGCUCUUUCUCUAAUGCGCAUACUCCAAGGGUUUAAUAGUCGUUCUCUUUCAUUCGAUUGGGCGGCUAUUGCAGUUCCGAUAAGUUCGCGUAAUUCACUACACUGUUCUUUGGCUUGUAGAUAGCGGACGUGAUAUAAAAUACAAAAAUGUUUGCCUGUGCUAGACUGAUUGCCCCUGCCACCAGAAGCGCACUCGUUGCCAACACAAAACAAUACUUGAGGCCACUGAGCAGUGUAGUAAACCAAAGUCAAAUACAGGUACAGAAUGUGCAACAACACAAGCAACCUACCCUCCUCCCCGCUAUCCGCAGUUUCCAAACUACACCAGUCAGCAGAGACAUUGACUCUGCAGCUAAAUUCAUUGGUGCUGGUGCUGCCACAGUUGGAGUAGCUGGAUCAGGAGCUGGUAUUGGAACAGUGUUCGGUUCACUCAUCAUCGGUUACGCCAGAAACCCUAGCCUAAAACAACAACUCUUCUCAUACGCCAUCUUAGGGUUCGCCUUGUCCGAAGCUAUGGGUCUCUUCUGUCUUAUGAUGGCGUUCUUGUUAUUGUUCGCCUUCUAAAUAAUCGGCCUUUACGGGCAACAUCAUCUUAUUCCACCGUUCGUUACGUCAACACCAUGUAACUCAUAUUUUUAACUUAAAUAAAAUUCAAUAGGACUUUUAUUAAUUUAAUGUGCGCGCUCUGGAUGAAUAUGUGUCCAAUUCUUUUCAUUUCUACUAACAUCGAGAGAAUUUGGGCUUACUUUCAACGAAGAUUGGCAUGUAUUUAUUAGAGUCUGUCAUGUGUGUUUUCUAGGAAAAUGGAAGCAGUAAACCUAUUGUACAUUGUUAGAAAUUUUAUUAUACAAUCCUUAGUCCUCUAUAAGCAUUAUUCUUUUUUUAUAAAACUCCGUUAUAUAUACGAUCAGAGCUGUUAUCAAUUAUUUUUAAGGAUAAUAAAUUGUUUUCAUUUUA